AGAGUGAAAAAGGAAGUCCACUGGUGAGUAAUGACAAACUCACCUUUUAGUUUUGAACCAGUUUCAGUGAAAACAAUAUGGAUGUUUUUUUUUUUCUUUUUUGCACAGAAACCUCUAUUUGAAAUCAGGAUGUGAGGGGGGAUGUGAAGAAAUUCCAGAAUACCAAGGCCAUAUUUUUUUGACCAGUGCCCUGCAAAAAUAUUUACACCCCUUAAGCUUUAUCAUAUUUGGUCACUGCGAUCAAAACUUUCAAUGACUUUUAUAUUUAUGCAUUUUAUUUUAUCUUUUAGACCAACACAAAGUAGUGCAUAAUCGUGAAGUAGAAAGAAAAUGAUUCAUGUGUUGAUGGCAUAACCAUUCUAUGAGGAGCUUUAUUUCAGCAGGGGUAAAAAAACUGGUCAGAUAUCAUGGAAAGAUAUAUGGAGUUAAAAACAAGGAAAUCCUGGAAGAAAACAACUUAGAGGCUGAAAAAGACUUGAAACCAGAGGUUCCCCAUUCAAUUUUUGCCUGGCCAUCAACGCCACCAUCACUCCCUCACCCUUCACGGUUGCCCAGGAGGGUCAGAACAUUACUCUCACCUGUGUCAUAUCUCAGAGACGGCGCAACACUGCCUUACCCGUCCUUAAAUGGAUGUUUCUACCAGCAGGCACAGAUCGGCCCAAGGACGAACUCCUAAUCGCCCGGAUCAACAUGCAAAAAGCUCGCUUCUACGGAAACUACACAAAGAGUUUCCCCUUGCCAAAGUUUAAGCUAACAGUGGUGAAGCAGGGGAAGAUUUUUGAGCUGCUCAUCCAGAAUGUGUCUGAGGGGGACCGAGGACUCUACAUGUGUCGAGUGCAGGAGUUCAAGAAGCACCAGGACCGCUGGAAGGCCUCAACCAAUUACACCGCUGCUACUGAGCUCAGAGUACAUGUUCAGCCGACCACCGAGUCCAAAGAAAGCCUGUGGAGUUUGUUUGAAGAUGUGUACCUGUGUGCAGUGCUGAUCUGCUCUGUGGGUCUGCUGUGCAUGUGUAUGUUCACUGUGACCAUAACCUGCCAAUUCAUACAGAGGAAACAGAGGCUAAAAGAUCAGUACCUCUUGGUUAAAAGCUCUCAGAACAGCUCAGGCGAGACAGUCACCAGCAUAGUCAGUGUUUCUCCUGCUCUUCCUAAGAAGGAGAGGAGAUACAGAAAGAAAAGGAGCAGAGAAUACCAGGAGGAAAAACCACCAAAGAUACCAGCAAAAGCCCCCAUUGAAGACAAAACUCGGAAACCCAAACUUUUAAGACCUCAACCAAGGAAAGUAGUGCUGCCCAGGAUAGUAGAGGAGAAUCUGACAUAUGCGGAACUGGAUCUAGUGAAGCCCAUCCCAGAGACAAAAGCAUCACGGGGCGGGACUGUGUAUGCUCAGAUACUGUUUGAGGAGCAGCAGCUUUGAGACAGACCGCUAAAAACUGUGCCUUGUAUAAAAACUGUCUAUUUAUACUCUGUUUUGUACUGUUUUGUGAAGAAUGGUUUGCAGUGGAGAGAAAUGUUAAUUAUUUUGAUAUAAUGACAACUUGUACAUGUGGUUUUAUGGAAUUUUGUAUAGUUUUCUCAUAUGAUAACAGCAUACAAUGUGACAUCUUACAUUUGUUUACUUAGUUUUAUAUUGGAAUAUUUGUAUUUAAUGUGGUUAAUUCCUGUGUAGCCAAAACUAACAACCCAGUAGAUGAUAUUUAAGCUUGAUUUAGUUCACAUUGCAUUCAUAAAGGAGCUUUAAAUAUCCUAAAAUCUACAAAAGAUAUUGACUAAUGAACAGUUACAGAGAAAUUAACUCUGGCAUUAAUAUGAGAUCCCAAAAUCUAGAUUAUACUCCCAAGAAUAAGCAGGCCAAGCCCCUCUUCACUCACAUCAACCACCAGGUGCUGUCCAGAAUAACAACUCCCUUUCCUGGUCUAAGGUGAACUGACUUCCUUAACCAAGACGAACUUCAUCUAUUGUUCAUCUAUUCAUCUAUGGUGAUACAUCUAGUCCAAUAAACUGCUAUCACUCUGUUUAUAAUGGACCUUCAACAGCUUUUGACAACAAAGCCCCAAAAAACCACUGUGUUACCGUGGUGAUUCUUUAAAUGAUGGAAAGGAUGGAUUGUUCCUUUUGGGUUCGGGGUCAGUCUAUGCUGUGGAGGAGUAUCUUGCUGUUUUGCUCACAAGGAUUGAACGAGUGAUGGAUGGAUUGGGGUCUCGUCUGCUUUCACGGCAAUUUGUUGUGGUGAAGAAAGAACUAAGCCAAAAAAUAAGCUUGCAAGUUAUUGACCUUUUAUGUUUCAACCCUCAUCAGUAGUCAUACAGUAAGAUACAGACCCUGACCAAAGGAAGGAGAUCAAGGUUAUGGUCGACUAAAAUGACCUUCCUGCAUCGGUCCGCCAGGGUGUUAAAAUGUUUCAAAAGUUUACCCCUACUUCGUGAGGUGCUUUCCAGUUGCAGUUAGCCUGAUUCAUCUGUUUAUAUUUUUCCUUAAGGACCUCCCUCCCUCCCCAGGGGUACACUGUUUAAAAUUAAAUAAUAACACAGUAAAAGAUAGGACAACAACAUUUUAUAAGCACACUGCGACCAACAACAACAAAGUUUCCACCAGCAGUUUGUAGUUCUAAAACUGGUCAAACCAGAACUCAAAUAUUCUACACAUCUCUGAAUGAGUUACAAAAUUACUGACAUGUCAUGAUCAUGAGCUAAUCCAUUUUCAAAUGGCAUUUCAUUCUAAUGGGUUCACAGCACUAUUAACUUCAAAGCACCUGUGUUCAGCCUGUUUCUGUCUGUCACGCUGCAAUUUAUUAUGACCACAGAGUUGAUGCAAAGCAGCAAUUAGACCCCGACCUAUUACAUGGGCAAGUAUGAGGCCAUGCAAGUACUUCCAUCUGGUGACAACGUCACCCAUGGGACUCUGUGCAACACACACACACAUUUAUACAUGCAUGGGAAACGAGGUUGAAGUUACAAGAAAGCUAAAACAAUGUCACAAGAAAAAAACACAACUGAUUUUUGAAUAAAUAUACAUUAAGAACUGUGUUUUCACCAUUUGGCAUAAAUAUAAGUCGGAAUUAGUUUGAA